AUGCCUCAAGUGUAUCCAGCGCUUCUGUCACAAGUGGCUGCUGCAUUCAGGCAACUGAUAUCUCUAUCUGAGUUGAUCAAAGAGGGUAUUACAUACAAGGAGGCCUUCGACGGUCGCAGUGCUGUGACAAUCAUCGCAGACAUCAUCAAGACUCCUGACAGAAAUUUGGCGCUGUUGCUUGGAAGAGCCCUUGAUGCUCAGAAGUAUUUUCACGAUGUGACAUACGACCAUCGACUACGGGACAACUCCAACGAGAUUUAUCGCUUCAGAGAACGUUUGACCGCGCCAUUCAUGGGCGAAGACAUGACAGACAGUCCGAGCUCUGAGCACGCUCAAUUGAACCGUGUAUCCAAUGCCAGGCCGACGCCGAGUCGGUACGCGUCAGAAACGGGAUCCAUCCAAACUUCGGAAUCAACGACUUCAUUUUUCAACAACACGCCAGCUACCUCGUCCACUAGCCUGGUCACCUCGCCGAGGUUGACAAAACUGAGCUCUGUCAACAGCCUGCCAAAUGAAAUGGAAGAUCCGGAUGAUGAUGAUAUCCCCACUGGCGUCUUUACGCUCCUCACAGAUUGUUAUUCGCCAACGUGUUCGAGGGAGAACCUGUGUUACUCGAUCAAUUGUCCCAGGCGACUGGAGCAAAUGAAGAGACUCAACAUGAAACCGCAACCGGGCCUCACCAGGAAAAUUAGCGAUGAAUCCCUGCGUGAUGUCAAGGAGACGGGAACACUUUGGAUCCAUUCAGUGUCUCAGGAUAUUCUGGACAGCGUGGAUGACACUGAGAAGAAGCGUCAAGAAGCCAUUAACGAGGUCAUAUACACUGAGCGUGACUUCGUCAGAGACUUGGAGUAUCUCCGAGACUCAUGGGUCAAGCCGCUGCGUGCAUCUGCUGAUAUUAUUCCUGAUGCGAAACGGAGGGAAGAAUUCGUCAAUCAGGUCUUCUGGAACUUCCAAGACGUCUUGACGGUCAAUCAUGUCCUGGCGGAACGACUCACCAAAAGGCAAAAGCAACAGCCAGUCGUGCAAAAGAUAGGAGAUCUGUUCUUGGAGCGAGCACCACAAUUCGAACCUUUUGUGACUUAUGGAUCUCACCAACUCUUUGGAAAGUUUGAAUUUGAAAAGGAAAAGGGCAACAAUCCAGCGUUCCAAAGAUUCGUGGACGAGACGGAAAGGAAGCCCGAAUCGAGAAAGCUGGAAUUGAACGGUUACCUGACAAAACCGACGACCCGACUUGGGCGUUACCCUCUGCUCCUGGAGGCGGUUCUCAAGUACACUCCGGACGAUAACCCCGACAAACGCGAUCUCCCAGAGGUCAUCAAGAUGAUCCGAGGUUUCUUGACCAAAGUCAACAUCGAGAGUGGCAAGUCAGAAAAUGUCUUCGAACUAGCGCAGAUCGAAGCACAGUUGGUAUUCCGACCAAAUGAGACGAUCGAUCUUCGACUGAAGGACAAGAGCCGAGAGCUGGUACACAAAGGUCCAUUGAAGCGUCGUGGCGGGAACCGAGAUGAAGUGGCCGAUCUCACUGGAUUCUUGUUUGAUCAUGCUUUUCUGCUCGUCAAGCCGAAACAUCUUCCGCGUGGCGAGCAACUGCGUGUGUAUAGGAGGCCUAUCCCACUUGAGCUCUUGGUUGUCGUAACUCCUGAUGAUCAGUAUAACUCGACGAAAUUGUCGGGGAAGUCCAAAUUAAUUACUCGAUCUGGUACGGGAGGGCUCAGUAAGACAGGCUCUGGAUCACAUGUACCGCCAAAACCCGAGAGCAAACACGGCUUUUCAAUCACCAUCAUUCAUCUCGGGAGGAAGGGUUACUCACUACAGCUAUGGGUGGACACCUACGUUGGGAGGAAGAAGUGGCUCGAAGCUAUCGACAAACAGCAGACUAUCUUGCGUGAUCGGAGCUGCGUUUUUAUCUCGGAAACGAUCACAGAUGGUCACUUCAUCGGCUUGCGCAAAAUUAAUUGCAUCAGUCCUUAUGAUAAUGGCAAUCGCAUGAUUUACGGUACCGACGAUGGCGUCUAUUUCUCAAAUUUGCGCGAUGUCAAGCUCAGGGAUCCCGUCAAGGUCAUCAAUCUACUCGAUGUGACUCAAGUCGAUGUGAUUGAGGAGUUCCAAUUGUUGAUCGUGCUCCAUGAACGGAUGGUCACCACGUUCCCACUGGACUGCCUGGAUCCGAGUGAUCCCAAUGCCGCUUUGAAACGGGGCAAACGGAUCGCCUCACAUACGAGUUUCUUCAAGUCCGGUAUCUGUCUUGGGAAGAUGCUCGUCGCAGUCGUCAAGUCAUCGACGUUGUCCAGUACUAUUAAAGUAUUGGAACCGGUGGAGCAGUCUAUGCGAGGGAAGAAACCCCAGCCGAGCUUUAUGAAGCGCUUGAAUGGCGCGCAGGAGGCUCUGAAGCUGUUCAAGGAAUUUUACAUCCCCACCGAAUCAAGCUCUGUUCAUUUCCUCAAGACCAAGCUUUGCGUUGGGUGCACCAAGGGCUUCGAAAUUGUCGACUUGGAAACCCUCGACAUGCAAGGCCUGCUCGAUCCCUCGGAUGCCAGCUUGGACUUUGUGCUUAAGCGUGACAACGUGCGACCCAUCGCCAUCUACCGUGUCGAGGAGGACUUUUUGCUGUGCUACGAUGAAUUUGCAUUCUAUGUCAACAAGAACGGAUGGCGAGCGAGGCCGAAGUGGGCAAUUGUGUGGGAGGGCAUGCCCACUGCUUUCGCCUUACAAUACCCUUACAUUGUGGCUUUUGAGCCGACGUUCGUGGAAGUGCACCAUGUUGAGACCGGUCACUUGGUACAGAUCAUUCCUGGUAACAAUAUUGCCUGCCUCUUUGCCGACACGCCUCCAUCUCGCGUCAAUGCCCCGACGCUGUUGCCUGCUCGUCAACUUGUGCAUCAAGCUCAACCUGGCUUCCGUCCCCCUCCAGGGGGUUUCAAUCCCUCUCCGUUCGGUCAACAACAACCUGGACCACCUGGAUUCCCCCAACCUCAACCUCAGCGACCACAACCACGAGGAUACAUGCCCAUGCCUCCACCGCCGACAGCUCCGAUGCUUCCUCGCUUCGUACGACAGCAGGUCAUUUUCACCUCGGACGAUGGACAUGUUCAGUUCCUCAAAUUCCCUCCUGCACCGGCAUCGAACGGUGCGAGCCCAAACGGUCGAUCUCCAGCCAUGAUGCAUCGACACCGAAUGUCUCAUUGA